CAGGUUCAUCUUCAAAGAAGACGAUCACUGGUUUAGUCGCCAGACCAGGUUUGAGUGCGACGCGAACUCCGAUUUCGUGUAGCACCUCUUGCUCUUCUCUUGCGCAACCGAAGCAAAACAUGAUGAACAAGACGGUGCCACCUCCAUCUAUUCAAGGCGCCAUGCGUGUCGACUCGCAGAACAACAUCGUAUUUGAGGAAGACGAUUAUCGUAUUCGUCCUAAUUAUAGGCAGUCCAGUGUCAAAACGAUGAACAUGAACG